AUGCAUGAAAUGGCCUUGGGUCAUGGGCAUUUGGCAUCUGGAGUCACAGUGGGUAUCUGUGUCUUCCAUUUGGAAUCAUUAAACGAGGGAACUAUGAGUGCCAUGGCCUUGGACUGCCAAGGGAACUUGGCUUAUGCCACCUGUACGGGGGUUAUCGUUAAUAAGAUGGUUGAUCAAGUUGGGGACUCACCAUGUGUAGGAUCUGAAGGUUACGCUGACAAUAACAUUGGAGCCAUUUCCACCACGGGGUACAGGGAAAGCAUCCUGAAGGUGAAUCUCGCCAGACUCACUCUUUUCCACAUAGAACAAGGAAAGACCAUGGAAGAGGCUGCUGACCUUUUGUUGGGUUAUAUGAAGUCAAAGCUCAAAGGUUUAGGUGACCUCAUCUUGAUCAGCAAAACAGGAGACUGGGUAGCAAAGUGGACCUCUACCUCCAUGCCCUGGGCAGCCACCAAGGACGGCAAGCUGCAUGCUGACAUUGACCUUGGUGAAACCACUAUCACAGACUUGCCCUUGCCCUUGCCCUAA